CGAUUCAAACGGAGUUGGCUUCAGACCGGGUCGAAAAUCAGUUGGCCAUGGCAGGGCAGUCAAAUCAAAAUAUAUGUAGAUGAGUGUCUAAUCGCGAGCUAUUAUGGAUUUAUGUCUUAAGGGUUCCCAGAUAAACCUCGCCACACGACAGAAAACGAAGCCCAAGUACACAAGUCGUUCGCUGACGACCCUCCACAAUCCGUGUCCCCAUUUCCGGCCUCGUUCGGCCAACUACCUGCAUCAGCGCAGUCGCUCCUCGCCUUUCCUGCAGCAACGCAGUCGCUCCUCGCCUUUUCUGGCGCGACCUCAGUCGGCGGAUCCGAAAUUUGGUCGGCGGUUGAGCAACUACUUCAGCGAAAAGGAACCCAGGCUUAGUGGCAAGAGACAGGUUUCCUCGAACGAUCUGUUAAAGUCCCUGCUGGAGGAGCCCAUCAAGCGCAGCUGGUUGUGCCGGAGCACCUGCAACUCCUCCGAGUCGGACUACUCGCUCCACAAACGCACCCCCGACAGCAGCGAGGAGGGGGAGCGGGAGCAGCAACUGGAGCGGUUCCUGGUCACAAUGCCGGGCGGCAGUGACAAGGGUAAGUCCUACGGAUCCUAUCCCCUGCAGGGUCUCAGCAAUGGAGCCCUCUCCCAGCGCACUGCCAAGCCCGAUCUUCCCGGGAGAGUGUCCUUCAGCAAGCCAAACAUGCACGCCGAUGUGGACUCCAGCGACUGCGACAAUGACAAGCAGGAAUCCCAGCGUCCUAGUAUCUCAGCUCCAGGACCUCUAAUGCUUCCCAGUUUUAUUAACAAAGCAGAGUCGUCGGAUACGACUGGCCAAAAGAAAACCGUACACUUUGGUUCCGCUGCCGCCGAGGGUGAAGUCCUGGCCCAAACGUACGAGUAUCCCAAGUGUCCGUCGGAGAACUGCACUUGCAGCACACGGUCUUCGUCGACCACGAGUACCAACGAGGCUUCGGCUGCCUCCGAGGUGAAGUGCGCCUGCGAUGCGCCCAGCUGUCGCUUUGUGGAGGUCACCCAGGUGACGGAACUCUCAGUCUCAGCACUGCCAUCUCCUCCCCCGGCUCACCCACAAAAGUCACCCACACCGGAGCUAAAUGUCAUCCGCGAGUACAAGCAGGCAGUGGGUGUCGUUCAAGUGGUUAAAAACCAGCUCACUCCUGAGCCUCUGAAUAAUAUUGAGUUACUUCCCAACUAUUUGGACAAGUACGCCUCUCCUCCGGAGGAGAAGCAGAAUAACUUGUCCGAGACCAAGAACCUAGCUUCCAGCAGUGGCUCCAUUAACAAUACUUCAACCUACAGAGCCACAACCAAUCCUCGGAACUUUGGGGCCGAGAACAACUUCCUUCCAGCAGUGCAUGACGAUCGUAGGGCCUUCGGAGCCAGCACUUCCGAUUCAGUUAUCAACAACUACCUCAAGGUGGCAUCGACUCCGCCGUUUGUGGGCAAGAAAAAGGAAAACGUGAAGCCUGCCAGUGCGGAUCCGAUCACCCGGAACGGGAAAUCCACCAAACUAAGCAAGACGGUGGUAAGUAAUAACCCAGUCAGUGCUCCUCCGGGAAAGCUAAAGAAAGCCAUCAGCGUUGGCAGUCUCCGGGAGGAGAGAAAGCUAUCGGAGUACAAUUUGGACAAGGUGGACAGCUGGAUGAGUAUGCAGGAUCAAAAGCAGUACGACCAGAAGCACAAGCAGGGACUAGAGGAUUUGGACGAGGCCCAGGACAAUGAUAGUGCUUCCCAGAUCUCCCUAAAGUCCAAUGAGGAUUCCAGAGGUUCUACCUAUGACGAGAUAGUGUCUGUAAUCAAGGAAAUCGAGGAAGACAAGAAAAUGGAUAACUUUUCCGAGCGUCUUCCCAGUGAGCUCAAUUUAAAGUUGGACUCUCGAUGUGAAACGGCGGAUACAGUGACUAUGAGUGAGACAGCCGUUCCUGAAACUGGAGAUAAAUACAAAGACAUUCUGGCCUAUCUGAACAACGUGGAGAGCAGCUGCGAUAAGACUCUUAUGGAAACACGUCGCUCCAUUCCGGAGAGCAAUCGAUCCGAGGUGGAAUUUAUCGUGGAACCAGACGUCACCGACGAGGUGCCCAAGCUGUCAGAGCUCCUUAUGCUUCCCAACCAUCAACUGGCUAGACGUGUCAUUGCCUUAAGUCUUCGAGCUAAUGAGUUGUCCAAUGCCAUUCAUCUGUCCAAGGAGCAUGUGAUCCAGCUAAGGGGAGAGAAGCAAAAGAGUCUGCGGGCCGAGAAGACCAACAACGCUGCCAAGCUUCGCGACCAGAAGAAGCACUACGAGGAGGUGGUGACCCGACAUCAGGGAUUCAUUGAACAGUUGCUCAAGGACAAGGGGUCGCUGUGCGAGAAAGUGGCAGCUCUCACCCGGCGUCUGGAGAGUCAGAACCAGGCCUGGGAGCACCGCCUGGAGACAGAGGUAACUAGAACGAAAGAAACUACUAUGGCUGGCGAAAAGAUUCGACGAGAGCGUUGGGUGCGCGAGAACACCAAGAAGAUUAAAGAGCUCACGGUAAAAGGCCUGGAGGCGGAGAUCAAUAAGAUGAACUGCGACCACCAGCGGGAGGUUACCGAGCUGAAACGCACUCACCAGAUGCAGUUGCUCGAUGCCCUCGAGGAAGCCCGAGCAAAGCACGAGCAGAUUGAGACUAGCAUUCGAGAGAGCUGCGCCCAGGAUCGAGAAGCCAUUAUCGAAAAGGAGCGAACAGCGAUCCGAGAGCGAUUCGAGCGGCAACUGGAGGAGGAGCAGAGGACUCAGGCCGAGCAGCGGCAGAAACUAACCGAGGAGUUUACGGCUGAGCGGGAGCGCCUCCAGGCGGAACUCCGACAAAAGGAUGCCGACUACCAGGCACGCCGGCAAGAAGUCUUGCGUGAACAGGAGCAAGAGCUGGAGCAGGCCAAGUUCGAGAUGCAGGAGCGGAUGGCCAAGCAGGAGGAGAAGUACCAAAAUCGUAUCAAUACCAUUGAACAGCAGUAUCUGGCGGACUUUGAACUGUGGAAGUCAGAGCACGAGAACAAGACCAAGGUGGCUCAGGCGGAAAAGGAGAACGCCAUCCGCCAGCAUUAUCGAGCCGAACGGGAUCGACAGUUGGAUGAGCUAGUGGUUCGCAUGGAAGCGGAUGCGCUGCAGCAUGGAGAAGAGCAUGAUCAGAAAAUGGCACGCCUCAAGGAAAAGUACGAAAAGGAUCUAGCCUUGGCCGAAAACGUGGAAAAGUCUUUGCGGGAAAAAUACGCCGAGACUCGGGGCAAGCUGGCAGAGGCGGAUGCCCAGGUUCGAAACUGCCAGGCGGAGGUAAAGCAGCUGCAGCUGGAGCUGGGUCACAGCAAGAAGAUGUGUGGCGACAUCAUCCACGAGAGGGACAAGCUACGCGAGAAUCUCAACUCGGACAUUCAAAAUGAACUGGCCAUUUUGAGUGAUCGGCACAAGCAGGAAAUGGAUGAACUGCAGAAGCGGGUACAUCAGACCAUUCAGCGCCAGGAGGAGACCAUUGAGAUCCUUAAGGGCGACAAUGACGCCUUGAGGCAGCAGUGCCUAAAACUAAAUGCAGUUAUACGACAGCAGCGCAAGGACUAUUGUGUAAAGUAGUUAGAAUAUUCAAGAUAUCAGCUUCAUAAGCUUGAAAUAACCAAAUAUUUGUAACUAGUUUUUAAUCAGUCACUAGAAUUAGUUCAUAUACAUAAUAAAUAUCAUAGC